AUGACUACCUUUUCUGUACCCCCAACUGCCACCUCCACACCCACGCCGUCCAAGUCCGUCCCCAAUACACAGUCGGCCUUGGCAGCUUCCUUCACCAGUUUCCUCACCGUCUCCAUUCAUCAGAUCCUCUUCCUCCGAUCCGUAUACCCUCGAGCCACCUUCCUGCCCGUUCGAGCAUACAACUAUCCUGUACGACAGUCUCGCCAUCCCAGAGUCUGCGACUAUAUUAAUGAUGUCUCCACUGCCGUGGGCGCAGAGAUCCUAAAAGGAACCAUCACUGCCGUCAGCAUCAUCAUCUCGUCUGUCCGCACCAACCAGCCCCUCGAGCGGUACGCGUUUGAUCUCUCGGGAUUCCCGCGUGUACCGCCCGGAGAGGUCAACACCAGCUUUGAAGAGCGCAAGGAUGAAGCGACGAUCACCAAACCGGUCGUCGCCAAUACAACGACGACUACCUCUCCCCAGAAUGCGGAUCUGGAGGCUCAGUUCCGGGCUUGUCUUGCGCGACUUGCAUCCGCGUGUGCACGUCUGACCCCGCUGCCUCGCGAUGAUGAAUUCAGUUUCACUGUCUGCAUCGAGGUGAGAGAGGAUGCCUUGCCUCCUGCCGGCACGACCACUGAGGAGCAGACCUGGAUCGUGGCGGAGCCCAGUAAAGUCCACAUGCGAUCGUGUACGGCCCCGUAUUCGGUGUCUAAACAUCGAAACGGAGAGCCCCUGCAUCCGCCCCCGAAACUCAGCAACGGACGGGCCAAAACGAUACCCGUGCGACGGGUUGAGUCUGUCCCAGUCGAGAUCGAUUGGAUUGAGCCGAAAAAGAACCAGAUACAGAAAAUAAAACAAACCGUUACUGAUCGUGGUGGUGCUGCUGGACCUUACCUGUCAUAUUACCUAUGGCAUGUCCUGCAGCACCACUAA